AUGCAUUUUGGGAGUGGGAGGUAUGCAGUUUUGCGAGACCCGGCAGGCUGGCUCAAUGUGAACCCAGUCAGAGGAAUUGUCAACACCACAGCUUCACUGGACCGAGAGUCUCAUUAUGUCCAUGACAACAAAUACACGGCGCUCUUCGUGGCCACAGAUAAUGGUAAUCCUCCAGCAACGGGCACGGGAACAUUGAUAAUCUACCUUGAGGACUACAACGACAACGCCCCCUAUGUAGUGCCGUCGGUGGCGCGGGUUUGUGAAGAUGCCCAUGACAUAAACGUGGCCAUCGUGGGAGGCAGAGACAAGGAUCUACCACCCAACGGCGCCCCCUUCAAGAUAGAACUGGGGAAACAGCUGGAGCUCGACAACACAUGGAGAGUCACAAGAGUUAAUUCCACACAUUCCCAGAUCAUGCUUUUGCACAGUCUGAAGAAGGCCAACUACCUGCUGCCUCUGCUCAUCACGGACUCGGGAGUGCCCUCCAUGUCCAACAUCACAGAGGUGAAAGUGCAGGUGUGCGAGUGUAAGAAGAACAAGAUGUUGUGCAGCUCGGCGCAGUCGCAGCAGUGGAGCCUGGCGCUGCUGGGGACUGUUCUCCUCGUCAUCACUGCGGCCUGUGAGUGCCACGCUGACGCAACACAUGCACGCUAUACAUUAAACAUCAGCCAUCACAACGCAUCAGAGUGCAGCUCCUCCAACAGGAGGGGCACAGCCGUUACAGACCUCUCUGUUUGCAGUAAACUGUACACACCUCAUGUCAUUUUGCUCGUACAGCUGUUGAUCAUCUGUUGA